AUGAAUCGUUUACAGGCCGAGGGCCACCAUGGACCAGGUCCGCAUGGGGGCUAUGAGGGCGCAUAUCGCGCGCCAUACCCUCCUCCGCCUCCGCCCUACGACCACCAGGAACCGCGUCGGUUAUCCAACCAAGCCCACCCGCACCCUUUACCAGGAUUUACCGUGAACCCAAACCGCCAGCUGCCCCAGCUCCCGGAAGAUGGACCUUAUGGCCGCCCAAAUAGCAUCCCAAAUGGAAUCGCCAAUGGUCUGCCAGCACCUUCACCGCACCAAGGUCUUCCGGAGCCUAGUCCCAUACAUACCGGAUAUCGCCCACCAAUCAAUGGAUCCCCGCAUGAGGCUUCGCCCCAGUCUGCUCCCCCGGACUAUCGCGCGCGCAUGAGUUAUCAAUCCAACGAAGGAUCCAUACCUAGUGAAUCGACCCCGCCCAUCUCAGUGCCGCCCCAUGCACCACACUAUGUGUCACCGGCUGCACAGGUUCCCGUUGGUCCAUCGUAUCCCUAUGACCCAGGUUACGCGCAGAAUCCUGCGUAUGGAGCCCGCCAGCAACAGCAGCGUAAGGCGGCUCGAGCGACACAAGCGUGUGAUCAAUGUCGCGCAAGGAAAGCCAAGUGUGAUGAAGGACGACCGGCUUGUAGCCACUGCAAAGAAAACAACCUCUCUUGCGUGUACAAGGAGGUGCCACCGCACAAGCAAGAUAAGGGAGCUCAAGUACUCCUCGACAGGAUCGACAAAUUCCAGGAUAGUGCCCAGGACAACUUCGAUCACCAGAACGAGAGAAUGGACAUAUCGACUGGAAAAGUGGAAAACCGAGUAGAAUCGUUGCGAGAUGAGCUUAGCAGGAAGUUGGACAGCUUGGACCACAAUAUAAAGCUUCUCAUGGGCAUGAACCCUAUGCAGAGAGCGGGCCACCAACCACACUUGCUUGAACAGUCUUUUAAGGUCGAAUCUCAGCUAACACAGCCGGAGAUCCCCAACGAGAGUGCAUCUUUUUCAGCUCCAGGUUUGCCGGCAGAUGAACUCCCGGCCCUUGCUGAUGAUUUGAAAAAAGACGACGGCGAAGGCGAAUUGUCGAUCCCUGUCGAGCACACAACCGCGGCACACAAGCUUCUGAUGUGGCCCUCGAUUCAAGAACUUCUUAGUGCCCCCAAGUACGAUGCUGAUUAUGUGAUGAUACUGGAAGAGCGACGUGGUCUUAUUAGUGUGUAUGGCCAGGGAGAGAAUUCGUUUACCGCUGAUGAUACACAACUGGCCUCUGCCAUCACCGGCUGGGAUCACAGAGGGGUGAACGACGAUGGGACUUCCAUAGUUCAGGGUGGAGCAGCAGCACAUGACCUGGAUGCAGAAAUCGACCGACAUGGCCUCUUACGCCUGGACGCGAAGACCGCCGAUCGCUACUAUCGGAGUUACCUUACCCAUCUACACAGGCUUCAUCCAUUCCUCGACCCGUCAGUAUUGACAGAUCAAAUAACUGAAUUUUGUCGAAUCUAUUGCCCCCAAGACCAGGAUCAACUGAAUACCAUGUGCCGGGACAACCCAGGUGCUAAGCGGAAACGUUCCUGGGACGAUAUGGAUGGCGUACGAGGUGCCCCCCUAGACCCUAGUGCUGCGACUUCCAGACCCCGCGUUGGCAAGAACAUUGAUAAUGCUGUGAUUUUGUUGAUCUUUGCUCUUGGAGCUAUCUGCGAGACCAAGUCACCGCUACCAGGGCCGAUCACAGACGAAAAAUGCAAUUAUAUGGACCAGGAUAUUCCAGCUCCCGCGCCUCCUUUACCCGCUAGUCUGCAAAAAGGGAACGGCACGAAAUCGUUCUCCGGCCUUUCACCAGCCAACUCAGAGGUACUCAUUCCGCCAUCAUACUCCAAUGCCACUCCAAGCGCAACCUCAUCAUUUUCCUCUACGGCAGGAAAGCCGUCUACGACAGAAAAGGACUUUACUGGCAUCAAUCUUUCAAGGCGACACAUUUCCACCACAAAGAAUGAAUAUGGCAAUGUCAAAAAUCUCCAGGUCAUUCCGGGAUUGGCUCUUUACGGAUAUGCUACGCAAAUACUGGGUCUUCUGCAAGGAGGAGUAGAGUUGGAACACGUUCACGCAGGCUUGCUUGCCGGCCUCUAUGCUGGACAAUUGGCUCAUCCUUUCCAAAGUCAUGGCUGGAUUUCCCAGGCUGCUCGUGCUUGCCAAGUGCUUGUGCGACAGAAGCGGUAUGAGAGGCUCGAAGAGGGUCUUGUGAAGGACAUGUAUAAUUUCGCCUACUGGACCUGUCUACAACUCGAGAGUGAUCUUCUUGCGGAGCUCGACAUUCCUGCUAGUGGCAUCUCUCGAUCCGAAGGUCGGAUCACUAUCCCCAAGGGUAAACAUCUCGAGGUCACCAAAGAACAGCUCGAGGCCCAGGGUAAACAGCUCGACAUCCAGGCCAAACAGCUCGAGGCACACGGUAAACAUUUCGAAGCCAAGGGUAAACGACUCGAGGCCCAGGGUAAAUAUCUUGAGGCCCAGGGUCAACAUCUCGAGGUCAAGGGUCAGCACCUCGAGGCCAAGGGCAAACAGCUCGAGGCCCAGGCUAAAUAUCUCGAGGCGAAGGGUCAAAAUCGCGAUAUCAAGGGCGCAAAUCUCGAAACCACUGCUGGGAUCAUAUCACCAGAUCCCAUGUUGAUGUUCUUUUACUCCGCGCAAAUUCAUCUCCGCAAGGUUCUCAAUCGUGUUCACACUGAUCUGUAUAAAGUUGAAAAAGCUAAUGAGAAGCGGUGGUCAUCAAGUGUGCAAAAAGCUCUCAGUGUGAACCUCGACCUCUGGCGCACCAGCCUACCAGAUUAUAUGAAGUGGGAUGACACCGACCCACCCGCCACCGAAAUCAAUGCUGCUCGCAUGAGAGCAAAGUAUUAUGGUGCUCGGUACAUCAUCCACCGACCGCUGCUAUACCAUGCCCUUCACUACGGUCAGCAUGGUGCGCGUGUGGAUGGGCAUCGCUUGGAGGGGGCCUCUGUGGAUUCUCCCACCAGUUCAGCAAACACCUCAUCACAGCAGAUGUCACCAUCCAUGACUCAGAACCCCCGGGCCCAACCUAUGUCGCGCAUCAUGAGUGACAUGACUAGCACGCCAAACAAGGCUCCGAAAUACUUUCCUAAUGGACUGAUCAAGCCCACUGUGAAGUACCGUGAUCUUCCACCGCAACUGCGCGCGGCCGUUAAGGCCUGUAUCGAUUCUGCAAUCCAGAGCACACAGGCUUUUGAUGGAAUUGAAGAUCGUCUUGUGGUGACCAACAUCUUUGGCACUGCUCAUGCACAAUUUGGUAACAUGCUUGUCCUGUCAGCAACUCAACAGUCCAACCUCGACUACGUUAGCAAAGAUCUUCUUGGGCCACUCCUCCGACGAACUAUCAAUUUCCUGUUGCGCAGCCAGCAUAUUUCGCCAACACUUCGAGCUGACGCCAGAAUCUUGACGGAGAUUUACGAGAAGAUUUUUGAAGAGAAUUUCAAGCCUAACGUGCCAGUCAACCCACCACCGAAAACGUGGACAUGA